AUGAGUUCUGAGGUGCAGAAAGGGAAGAAGAGAGGGAAGGCUCAGUACCUGGGCAAUGCCAAGCGGCACAAGGGCGGCAAGCAGCUGGAGGUUGGCAUGCAGGGCAUCCUCAUCACCUGCAACAUGAAUGAGAGGAAGUGUGUGGGAGAAGCCUACAGCCUGCUCAACGAGUAUGGGGACCUGCUGUAUGGGGCUGAGAAGCUAGGUGAAAAGGAUGACAUGGCAUCAGGCAGUGAGGAGGAAGAAGAGGAUGAUGAUGAUGUUGAAGUGGCAUUGAAAAAAGAAGUUGAUCAGAUACGCACAUCAACAGAGAAAAAUCUAUGCAGGUUUCAGUCAGUGGAGAGUGGAGCCAAUAAUGUCGUCUUCAUAAGGACUCUAAAUGUUGAGCCUGAGAAGUUGGUGCACCACAUAUUAAAAGAUCUGUUCACCACAAAGAAGAAGAAAACGCGUGUGAUCCUCCGUAUGCUGCCUGUCACUGGUACAUGUAGAGCUUUUCCUGAAGAUCUCAAAAAGUACGCAGAGACUUUUUUUGAGCCUUGGUUCAAGGCUCCCAACAAAGGCACCUUCCAGAUAGUGUACAAAGCAAGGAACAACAAUCAUAUGAAUCGAGACGAAGUCAUUAAAGACUUGGCAGAAAUUGUUGGCAGCUUAAACCCAGAGAACAAGGUGGACCUCAGUAACCCAGUGUUUACGAUUGUGGUUGAAAUUAUCAAAAUCGUUUGUUGUCUGAGUGUAGUGAAGGACUAUACCUUGUUCAGGAAAUAUAACCUGCAGGAGGUAGUCAAGACCACUAAAGAGGAAUUUCCACAACAACCAGCAAAUGAUGACAAAGACAAAGCACAAGAACAGAGCAAAGAGGAGCCUGUGCCAGCCACUGACACCUAA